AGAGUAAAUUGGGUACUGCGCCACUGGCCUUUACAAUGGCAUUAGGUUGAAGUUCAAAUCAAUUCUGUUUCAACAACAAAGCAGAUUAUGCACAUUAUUGCUCAGUUUACAUAAAGAAUGGGAGUUAUCUAUAAGAUAAGGCAACAAACAUUUAAGUGAUAAACCGCCGAAAGAAAACCAUUUAGUUAUUAUUGUAAUUGAUAUUAAAGUAGUGCUGCGAGCGAGAAUUACAAAUGGCAUUGAAUUUGAGGAAUUUGUUGAGAACUAAGCGUAGAAUAUCGCAAACGGUCGUAAGAGGUGUAUCUCAGUUCUAUCCCAUAGACGAUCACAUUUUCGGACUUAGAGACGAAGAAAUCCAGCUAAGAGACAGCAUAUUUAAUUUCGUGCAAAAAGAACUCGCGCCCAUAGCCAACGAAAUCGACAAAACCAACAAAUUCGACGAUUUCAAAAAUUUCUGGAAGAAAUUAGGCAGUUUAGGAACCUUAGGAGUGACAGUAAACCAGGAGUAUGGCGGCACCGAAGGCUCGUAUUUGGAACAUUGCAUCAUUAUGGAAGAAAUAUCCCGAGCAUCGGGCGCUAUCGCUCUCUCCUACGGGGCCCACUCCAAUUUGUGCGUGAACCAAAUCCACCGCAACGGUUCGGACGACUUGAAAAAGAAAUAUCUACCGAAACUAUGCACCGGCGAGCACAUCGGAGCGCUCGCCAUGUCGGAAUCAGGAGCCGGCUCCGACGUGGUUUCAAUGAAACUAAAAGCCGAAAAGAAAGGCGACUACUACGUGUUAAACGGCAACAAAUUCUGGAUCACCAACGGACCCGAAGCCGACGUGCUCGUCGUUUACGCGAAAACCGAUUUAACGGUCAAGAAACCCCAACACGGCAUCACCGCGUUCGUCGUAGAAAAAGGCUUCGACGGGUUCAAAACCGGCCCUAAGCUCGACAAGCUGGGAAUGCGGGGAUCCCCCACGGGCGAGCUCAUCUUCGAAGACUGCAAAGUACCCAAGCAAAACGUGCUCGGCGUCGAGAAUAAAGGGGUGUAUGUGUUGAUGAGUGGUUUGGACCUGGAGAGGUUGGUUUUAGCAGCGGGACCGGUGGGGAUCAUGCAGGCUUGCUGCGACGUGGCUUUCUCGUACGCCCACGUCAGGAAGCAGUUCAACGAGCCCAUCGGCCAUUUCCAGCUCAUCCAGGCGAAGCUGGCCGACAUGUAUACGACUUUGAGCGCGUGCAGGAGCUAUUUGUACAGCGUCGCUCGCUCUUGCGAUAAAAAGAAGGUUAAUAGGAAAGACUGCGCCGGUGUUAUACUGUACUGCGCCGAGAAAAGUACGCAAAUGGCUUUGGACGCUAUACAGAUAUUAGGAGGUAACGGGUACAUCAACGAUUAUCCCACAGGGAGGUUCCUUAGGGACGCGAAGUUGUACGAAAUAGGAGCGGGCACUUCUGAAAUCAGAAGAUUGUUAAUAGGCAGAAGCAUAAACGAGGAAUAUUCGUAACGUUAGUGGUGCUUAAAAAAUAAUUAUAAAGACAUUCUUCGUAAAUAUUUUUUUGUAUAAAUGCUUUUUAAACUAUUUUUGUUAUCGCACAUGAGACAGUCGAUGAUUAAAAAUACUUGUGCAUAAUUUUAUUUAAAAAUUAUGAAGUUUAACGCUUUGUUUUAUUACUAGUGUUAGGUGUUAGGUGUU